CUCUCUCUCUCUCUCUCUACAGAGAAGGGUUUUCUUUUGUUCCAAGCCUUCAACUUGAAAGAAGAAGUGCAUGCUCAGGAAAAUUGUACGUAAUACGUAUAUAUUGGUAAAUGACGAUGAUCUGCAACAAUGGGCAGUUGGGUGGUGGAGACACAAGGAUGACCAAAGUGUUCGUGGGAGGCUUAGCAUGGGAGACUUCAAAGGAGGCCAUGAGAGACCAUUUUGACAAGUACGGCGAGAUCUUGGAAGCUGUCAUAAUCUCCGACAAGGUCUCCGGCAGAUCCAAGGGCUACGGUUUCGUGACGUUUAAGGAAGCCGAAGCGGCUAAGAAGGCUUGCGAGGACGCCACGCCGAUCAUUAAUGGUCGCCGAGCGAACUGUAACCUGGCUUCUCUCGGGGCACGCCGCCCAAGGGUGUCCUCCACCCCGCCUCCACAACCAUCCACCAAUAUUGGACCGAGAUCUGCAUCACCUGGACCUGCGAGUCACGUGCAGUGGUACUAUCCGGCGAGAGCACCUGCAUCGCCGUUUCAUCAUCAGCACCAUCAGGCCGUUCCUUACUAUGGGUAUUCUCCGAACUUCAUUUCCACAGAUAUGAGUUACAACCACAAGUUAAGCUACACUGGUGGGUCCUACAUGAACCACGGCCAUUUCUCUCAAGUGUACACUGGUCAGCCAAUUGUGGGUGCAAACUCGUUGGUGCCAAUGUACCCUUUCUACCAUUUCCAUCAAUCGCAGACAAUGGGCCUUCCAGCCCACGUUUAUUCACCAAACACAGCUGGACCUAUGGUGACAGGCCCAACUCUGAUGUCAAAGCCCAUAUCAAUUUCUCCUCCCAAUACAGGUGCAGUUGGAACUGGUGGAGCUGUAAGAACAAUGGCAAAGAGCACUUAA